AAGAGAAAAAAAAAAAAGAGAGAGAGAAAGGAAAGGGAAAUAUCACAAAACCGAGAGGGGGAAGAAGCAAAAAUAAAUAAAGGCAGCAAGGAAACUGGGAAUAUCUCGACCUUGGAACCAGUCCUGGAAUCACACCUCGCCCUGCUUUCCUAGUUACAUUUGAUGACUGUGUUUCUGUGAUGGGCCGGCUGACAUCCUAUUUUAUAGUUGGUGGUAAUGCGGUGUCUGCUUUUCUUUCCUGGAGACUCCAGGCCACGCAUUCCUGUGAUGUGACGCUGGUGUGGAAGGCCAGCUUCGAGUCCGUCCAGCAGUACGGCAUAUCCUUUAAGUAUGGCUACUCUCUCUCUACCCUUAUAUCUCUCCUUGUGGUACCUUGGUUGGCUCACACUUAUUGUCAAAUUUAGGUCGAAGGUGUUCGGCAACGAACGCUUUAAACCUCGACACGUUGUCCGUACGCCAGAAGAAGGUGCUUCCAUAUCGUCGUCAUACGAUUAUGUGAUUCUCUGCGUGAAAGCUCUGCCAGAUAUCUACGAUCUCGCCGGCGUGAUCGAAUCAGUCGUUACCCCCCAACACACAUGCAUCCUGGUCAAUACUACGAGCACAAUAGGUAUCGAGGCCCAUUUGGAGCAGAGAUUCCCAAAGAAUGUUGUCCUUUCUCUGGUAUCUGCAGUAGAUAUUGUCCAGACCGGUGCCAGCGAGUUUGAACACACCUCUUCAACCGACUUGUGGGUUGGUCCAGCUUCGAAGAACGCCAUGAUCCCAACAGCCAUCCAGAACGACAUGGCUGCUGCUCUGGCAAUAACUCUCGGCACCGCUCAGGUGAAUUGCAAAGUAUCAGAAAAUAUACUCCAGCAGCAGUAUGAUCGUAUGAUAGGGUAUGUGACAUGCCUUUUUGCCCUCUCGCUUUUGCCAUGCUAAUCCUGUCUAGCCCCAUUGCUUUUUACCCUAUCAGUGUCCUUUUCGAGACCCCAAACCACAGUCAGCUCCUAGAAAAGGUUGGGGUGCGUCAAAUGGUCUCAGACGUCCUCGAUGAGUUGAUCACACUUGCAAAGUCCCAGGGAUGCACAUUUGCCGAUGACUUCAAAGAAAAGACAAUCCAGGCAAUGACGGCCCCAACUGAGAAUCCGAGCAUCAUGUACCAGGACUUCCAGGCCAGGCGGCCCAUGGAAAUCGAAACCUACCUUGGAGCUCCCGUCAAGAUGGCCACUGAAAACGGCGUAAAGAUUCCCCGAAUAGAAACAUUGUACGCCAUGCUACAUCAUAUUAAUAUUACCAAUCAAAACCGUCAGCCCCCAACGGAACCAUCCUCACCCGUCGUUACACUGCCUCCUCGAAUAUCCUCUGCUCCUUCAAGACCGCCGAUGAAUGGUGCCCCUCGAGGUGGUGGGAACUUCCGUGGCCAACCACCACCUCCACGUCGAGGUCCCUCCUCCAUGGCUAACAAUCCGAGACCUCUUCCUCCCCAGGCAAAUGGCCAUGGUCCUCGUGCUCCCAAGCAAGGCAUGCCGCGCGAUCUGUCGUAUGAGGACCCAUCUCUCGACGAAUUCAGCCAUCUUGUACUUUAUGAAGACGGUCAAGAUGACGCCCAGUCUCAGCAUGGUGGAUACAAUGGCCAUAUGAACGGGGGGCCAUCUCCUAGUGAACUGGCACUAAAGGAGCGUGAACUCAUGCUUCGCCAGCGAGAGAUUGCCCUGCGAGAGCAGGAGAUACAAAUGAGGCGCCGUGGAGCCGGCGUUGCGAGAGCUCCAUCGAUUAGAGGCGGUUUUGACGAUGACGACGAAGAUGGCUACGACCUCCCAGACCACCGCAGCCCGGCCAUCCCUCAAAUUGAUCCGGAUAACUUUGACAUGAUGAGCGUAACUUCUCGGAGAAAUAGGAAAACUCCAACUACUCCCGCAAAGGAAUUCCGCAAAAACCCUGAAAUGAACAGUUCUCGUCCUCCAUCUGUCUUCAGCAGACAUUUUGGUGCUGGUAGACAUCGUGCCAGCGCAAGGAUAAUGGAGGAGAUACCAGGAAUGCACGAUUCGCUACUAGACAACCCUAUGAUGAGCUACUCAUCCAAUCGAUAUGGUAAUGUUGACAGAAGAGAAAUGCACAACGAAUCAAGAGCGAACUCCUUGACUGCCUCGAGAAUGGGUGAGAUGGGGCAUGGAACUUUCCCACCGAGUAGAAGGACUAGCCAGUCUCCCGGCAAUCCUUCUCUCCCAAACGGCCGGAUGGGUAGACCAGGUACAGGACCUGAGGGUGGCCAGAUGCCCCUACCGAAUGGAAUGGGACAUAGUGGGAGGCCGUCUCCCCCAGGAAUGAUGAAAGCUCCAGUACCAAGGCACCCGCCUGGUCAAGGUAAUGCUAUAAUGCCGCAUCAGGUCGAGCAACAUGUCGGGGUGAGCAACCAUCCGUACCCCCCCAAAGGUCCUUCAAACGUUCGAAGUCUGACGGGCAGUGCGAGUGCCAGCGCGGAGAGUGGUGAUAGUGGUGCAAGUGCACAUAUCGACUCAGAGAAUUCUGCAUACAGCAGCCAGAGCAGCCUUGAUCCCGUGCAUCGGGGACAUGCAGUUCGGUAAUUUCAUACGCGCGGCCACACCGCUCCCCAUCUUCUCCCUCGUCUCUUUCUUUUCCUACGUCGAGCGGAUAUCUACCUCUUCACGACACGAAUUAUAGACGUCCCCAUUAACGAUACCCCUUCAACACAUAAUUCGCAUUAGCUUUUCGCCUACAUUUUUUCGGCAUUUCCUAGUAUCCUUUUCCACCGAAAUCCUCCCUAUCGUUGUUCUGCCUCGAAGCCACUUCGGAAUGAUGGGGGGAAAAAUACUUACGGUAAAUAGCGUCUCGUUUCUUGGGCUUAUGUUCUCGAUCCCGACAGCCUGCCGGCAGUGUUCUUUUCCAUGCUACUGCCUUCAAUGUACAAUGGAAACGUCUUCACUUUUUUGGACAGAUAGCCGACUGGCCGUCAGCGUUUAAUACUACGAUAAUGCUUCUCUGGCUGCACUCACAUCAAAGCCUCCCUGGCUCCC